AUGGAUCCUUCUAAACUUCCCUCCGAUGUUCUGGAUACGAAUGAGGCUGUUGUGCCCCGCGUAGCGUCAACACAUAUUCAAGAUCGGAGCCCCCCUGCACCGCUCGAGAAUACACCACAGCUUUCCAUCUCUAAGCGCCUCAUCAACCGCACGCCCUCUGCCGCAGCCGCCAUGAGGAUCCCUCGCGUCAAGCCUCAGUUACUUUCUCGGAACAUCAGGCAAGAUAGAAGUUUCCAUGAUCGCAAUCCGGAUAUAAGAGUGCCAAUGCCACGAAGAUAUGCUCUUACGCAGGCUCGGCUCGUCGUCGACGCGUCGGGCAGUCGACCGGAAGAUGUUCUACUCGGCUCCGACUUCCCGCGGAAUCACACAAUGGCUGCGCCUCGCAUGUACACUGCAGUGCCUCUCAGUGGCACACGAUACUCCAACUCGCCUCGCGGGAUCCUGAGGGUCCCGGGAGAGCGCGAUCCCCCAUCCUCGCUCGGCUUGUUAGGGCAAAUGAUGUCCCCUGGUCGUGCUGCACCCUGCUUGGAAGUUUUGGAGCUGAUCUCCCAACGUGCUAGGGAGCGGGCUGCAUCGCCCCCGGAGUUUACGCUGUACAGACGUUUUAACGUGUUUGGGACACGUACAGUCACAAAUAAGCAAGAUACUCCGUGGGCGCCGCAGACCACCCGAAUAUUCGGCCCAUUUCUCCUCGUACAUCGGCCUACUCGCUUCAAAAAUGCAGGUGUGCGAUCACAAGCCCGCCGCGCGGCACCAAUCUGUGAGGACGUGUUAUCUGUGGCUGCGGCGUUGUGGCAUGGCACUCUCGGGUUCGGUGGUUUCAUGCGGUAA